AGAAUAUACAGGGGGCAUCCAUCAUAUCACUGCACAGCCUUGGAGUAAAAGGAAUACAGAGACCACUUCAUAAAAUAAUGAAGCAUGGAUGUGUCAUAGCUGCUCAUGGAAUUUCCUUGCAGGAGAAUGGUAGCAAAACUGAUGUGUGUGACCUUAUUGGUAGUGGUUGGUCAGUCUCCGGCUGGUGGAUUAGGGUCAACUCAGCUGAUCAGAUUGCUAGAGAUCUGAAAAGGAGAUUCGUGCUGACAUGUCCUCUCGGCCAGCAAAGUUGCUCCCGAUCUGCUCGCGUUGGCCAGCUGCUCUGACUUGCUCCAGUCUUUUCGGAGCUGGAGUAAUUUAUCAACAAUCGUGAGGACAGCAUGAUUGCCACAGGGGGCCUCUUAAGGAUCUCAGCUCGAAAACAAGACCCUCUCCAUCCCAAAAGUCAAGUUCCAAAAAAAAAAAGGAAGGCAAAAAAGAAACGUAAGAAUGAUGUAGUGGUGGUAAAAGGCAAGCUUAAACUUUGCUCUAUCUCUGGAUUAAUUGCUCUAUGUGGAAUUUUGGUACUUUUAGUUGGAAUUGCAAUGGCUGUCAUAGGAUACUGGCCAAAAAGUAACUCUGUCUAUAAUGGAGGUCUUGGAACAAAGCAAGCCAAAUAUUUAACUGGGGAUAUAAAUGUAAUCAGUGCAAAUAAAAACCAAUCCCAAAUAAAAAAUAAUCUUAGAGCAAGUCAGACUGACUUUGUACAAAGCAACAGCAACUUUACUAGAAGCCUUCAUAAAAAAAAAUCCUCUGGUUUUCUUGCAGGUCUGUUUUCUGGAUACUUGCACUCAGAUAACCUUAAGGUGUUUGGUCCUCUUAUAAUGGGCAUUGGAAUAUUUCUCUUUAUUUGUGCUAAUGCUGUUCUUCAUGAAAACAGGGAUAAGAAAACUAAGAUUAUAAACUUGAGAGACCUAUAUUCAACCGUGAUUGAUGUUCAUGGUCUGAAAUGCAAAGAUGGAGCCCCUUUGAAUGGAUUUGUGAACUGUGUGCAAUCUCGGAGCAUGGACAUGAAAGUUGGAGAUACUUUUGGGGCAGCAAUGUUAGCCAAGAGCUCCUGGCAUUCAGCUCUUGGGGGUCCCAUUUCUUUUUCCCCUCCAAACCUGAGAGAAAUAAGGACAUCGUCUCCAAAAUUAUAUCGACAGCCAACAGAACCACCAAGCAUAUCAGAGGCAGUGUAUAGCAUUUAUCGUGAGCGAUCAGCCUCUGCCAUACCUUUUGACAGAGUUUCAGGGAGAGAAGGGGAUAAAGACCCCCUCUCAUUAUCACCAGAUCUAGGAUGGGAUAGGAGCAGUGCAGGCUCCAUUGUUGGUUCUUCCCUCAGUGCUUUCACUCUGCCUAUUGUCAAAUUAGAUAGUUGUCUUUUAGAGAAGAAGCCAGAACCUAUGCUUGAAAGAAAAGGUGCCAAAGAAGAUUCCAGGGGGGAGAUUGAAAUGAGCUUGACCAACCUUAGCCAUGCAGACUUGAAUUGGGAAAUUUCCAGAAACCAUAGAAAAAUACUUUUAAGGCGACAGAGCACUAGCUGUUUGCCUGACCUAAGAAAACCUAUGUUACACGGGCCUUUGUCAGAGUUAGGCAGCCAGUCUCUAAGUAGCACAGACCUAGACUGCAGCCUUUUAAUGAGAUGUUCUUCAUCUGGUAAAACAAAACCUGUGGAUUGUUUAAAAACAUCACCAUUGAUCAGAAAAUAUUCUCAAAGCUCAGAGUCUGACCAAUCAAGCAAUAAGGGCUACAUUCAUCUAGACGAGGCAGGAACCUCAUUUGAUUCUAUUGACAACUCAACCAAUAAAACCCAAGACUGUGAAGAAGAUGCCCAGGAUAUAGACAUUCAGAAUUCUUUGGAAGGUACCAGCAAAGAAAAAAGUUUAAAAAGUCAUCAAAAGAUAUAUACAAAUAAAGAAAAACUGAUGAUGCUUUCCAUGUCUCAUGUUAGUUUAGAUGAUAAUGAUGUAGACAACACAAGCAUUUAAAGCACAAAUCUGAUUUUAAGAAAAAUGCACCAUGUGAUUUUACCCAUUAUGUUCCUGCACUUGUCAAUAUCCAAAGAUCUGCAGUAUAAAUAUCAUAACAAUAUUGGUGACACCAUUGUGUGACAACCAAGUCAUUUAACCACCUGAUUUGUGAUUGUAUGUAUAAUUCAAUCAUACUUUAUCAAUAAACAGCCUAGUAGAUAUUGCAGGUCUUUAAGUAUGAUUUGAUAGCAUAUUUUGACAA